AUGCAUCAAGAGAGUCAAUACUGCAAAAAGGAGGCGGACAGUAGACCUUGUCAAUCAGUUAUUUCUCCUGACAAUAGUUUAUCGAAACGUUCCAAUAACAUUUUAAGUUAUUCUCUGAGUCGAAGUUUUGAGUCAACAAUACGUGUUGACGACCGUUCCAAUUCUGCUUCAUUUAUCAAAAAACAACCGCAUCCGCACGCAAUGCAUGCUAUAAGUUUGCAUAGUGGACAACAACCUCAUCUUCCUCAGUGGCCACCACCUGACCAUCCUCCACUAACUCCAAUGAACGUGGGAUAUAGUCGUUACUUUUUGGUGCAACAAUUGGAAUAA